AUGCUUUUGUCUAGAUAUCUAGCUAAGAUCUUUUGAUGUGGAACUUAAAAGUGUUUCAUGGCUCCCACUUCAUCUCUCUCUCUCUCUCUCUCUCUCUCUCUCUCUCUCUCUCUCUCUCUCUCUCUCUCUCUCUUACUAUGUGACUUAAAAAGCUUAUGAUUUUUAGGAGAUCAUUUGGCAAUGGAGGUUGAGUCUUGUGUUCCACCAGGGUUCAGAUUCCACCCAACCGAGGAAGAGCUAGUCGGUUAUUAUCUCGCGAGGAAGGUCGCUUCGCAAAAGUUCGAUCUAGAGGUCAUUCGCGAUGUCGAUCUCUACCGAAUAGAGCCGUGGGAUCUACAAGAAAGAUGCAAAUACGGUCACGAAGAACAAACCGAAUGGUACUUCUUUAGCUAUAAAGAUCGAAAGUAUCCGAGUGGUACGCGCACGAACAGAGCCACUAGUGCUGGAUUUUGGAAGGCAACGGGGAGAGACAAGCCGGUUCUUUCGAAGUCUAGAAUCAUAGGAAUGAGAAAGACCCUUGUGUUCUACAAGGGACGAGCUCCGAACGGGAGGAAAAGUGACUGGAUCAUGCACGAGUAUCGCCUUCAAACAACCGAGCAUGGACCUCCUCAGGAAGAGGGCUGGGUCGUAUGCCGCGCAUUCCAGAAGCCGACUCCGAACCAAAGGCCAUACUACAACAACUUCAAUUCCACAUACUACAACAACAUAAACGACCGAAUAAGACCCGACGCGCUCGCGAACUUCUCUAGUACUCCUACUCACUUAAUGGAUUCAUACCCAGGAAGCAGCUUCCAUCAACAACACAUGGUUUCCAAUGAAGAGAUUGAAUCAAAGCAAAUGCUCCUUAAUCAAGUCAUUGAGAUCCCACAGCUGGACAGUCCGAGCCUGUCGAAUAGCUUAUCCACUAAGGAGUUCUUCGACGGCAAUAUUUCGAGCGGCAUCGGAGAGAGCGGAAAUAGAAGAAUUGAUUCACAAGGGCAAAUUAUUGAUUGGAAGGUGUUGGAUAGUUUGCUUUCAUCGCAAUUCAAUGAAAUGGCUUCGUCGGAGACACCGAUUUUUCCAGUAAAUGAUUGUGAGGGAGAAGCUCAAAACCAGGGAGAUCAUUUCCUACCAUUAUUUGAUAGCUCCUAACAGUGGAUUUCAAUAGUUAAUAUUAAGGAUCGAUCAAGUCGAAGAACAGAUCACAGCAACAAUAUCUGUAGUUGUUUAAUGGACAAAAGAACUAAUUUCUGAAUUUGGUGAUUUUCUUAUCUGGAAUUGUUAGAAAUUGUAAAACAAUGCAUGUGUUUUCUCUA